AUGAGCCUGGACGGAGUGGAGCUUCACCAAUUCUCUAGCUGUAGGCAGCUACCAACAGAAAACCCUGAAAAGAGUACAAGGAAUCAAGAAAUAGAGAGAGAAUGUUACAAGUCCUUUGCAAUUUCAACUGAUAAUCCGACACUACCUCCAGCUAAGAAGAAAAGAAAUCUUCCCGGCAAUCCAGACCCUGAGGCUGAGGUGGUAGCUUUAUCUCCAAGAAGUCUUAUGGCAACAAAUAGAUUUAUAUGUGAGAUUUGCAACAAGGGAUUUCAGAGAGAUCAGAAUCUUCAAUUACACAGAAGAGGACAUAAUUUACCAUGGAAACUAAAGCAAAGAAACAACCAAGAGAUAGUAAAGAAGAAGGUUUAUGUAUGUCCAGAACCAAGCUGUGUGCACCAUGAUCCUUCAAGGGCACUGGGGGACCUUACUGGUAUAAAGAAACACUUCAGCAGAAAACAUGGUGAGAAGAAAUGGAAGUGUGAAAAAUGCUCGAAACGUUACGCUGUUCAGUCCGAUUGGAAAGCUCAUUCGAAAAUUUGUGGUACCAGAGAGUAUAGGUGUGAUUGUGGAACACUCUUUUCGAGGAGGGACAGUUUCAUCACCCACAGAGCUUUUUGUGAUGCUUUGGCAGAAGAAAGUGCAAGAUCAAUGACACAAAUGAACCCACUUUUGUCUUCUCAACAAGGCACUUCAUCUACACCCCACCCACCCCCCCUCCAUGGCCUUCAACCAUUUUCACUCAAACAAGAACAACAUAUUUUCAGUUCGAGAACAGAAAUACCUCAAUGGAUGACAGUAGAAUCUGGUCUAGGUGCACCAUGUCCACCACCUAGUGAAUUAUUUAACUCCUCGUCAUCAAGGUUAGAACAGUCAAUUCUCCAUCAAGAAAACACAAACCCUAAAAAUCCCACAUUUUCUUCUGGUUUUAAUCCUUCUCAUCACAUGUCUGCAACUGCAUUGCUGCAAAAGGCAGCACAAAUUGGGGUUACAAUGAGCAGCAGCCGCACCAAAACAUGUACUGCUCAAUCAGAUCGAAUUUUUAGGGCCCACCUGGCUCACAUGGGUGCACCGGGAUACAGUGCUACAUCAUUGGCCUCAUCUACAGCUGGUGCUGGACUGGGUUUGUCCUCUUCACGUGAAGAGAUAGGAACAGGUUUUGUCAAUGUCACCUCAGGUUGCAUGGAACAACUUGUAGGUGCAACUGUGGGGGCCAAUUCUUCUAUGCUUCAUGAUAUGAAUAUAUUGACUUCUUUGGCUCCAAAUAGUGGGUUCGAAGGAUCAUCAGCCUUUGAGGAUCCUUUCAACAGAAUGUUGAACUCAAAACGAGACAAUAAUUUUCAAGGUAAUCUUCCAAAUCCUGGGACUUCACAUUUGAAUAUUGUAAGAAAAGAAGCCACCGCUGCUGGCGGCAGUGGAAGUGGAGGUGGAGUUGGGGGCAAUGAUGAAUUGACGAGAGAUUUCUUAGGUCUUAGAGCAUUCCCUCAUAGAGAUUUUCUCAAUAUGGCUGGUUUUGAUCAGAUGGGUUCUUCCUCGUAUGAUCAACAUACUCAUCAAAAUCAACCACCAUGGCAAAGUUAG